AUGGCGAUCGGACCACCAGACCUGAACGGCGAUGGCGUGCCAGGAGCAGGACCAAUCAGUGAGGCUCCGGCCCUUCGGAGCCAGGCUGUGCCACCGGUGAUUGAGCUUGAGGUCGGUCGCCCGGUCCCGAGCACCGCCAACUGCACCCUUCGCUGGAUCGAUCAGCCACUUGACCAUUUCUCGCACUCAGCAUCGGGACGCACCUAUCGGCAGCGGUUCUUCUUCAACGCCGACAGUUGGGAGGUGGGACGCGGGCCAAUCUUCUUCUACGUGGGCAAUGAGGCGAAUGUAGAGAAGUACGUCAACGCGACCGGCCUCAUGUGGGAAAGCGCGCGCCCCUUUGGCGCCAUGCUGGUCUGGGCAGAGCAUCGCUUCUAUGGCGAGUCGGUGCCUGCAGAGGCGGGGGAGGGGAGGGGGCACCCCUACCUCACCCACGAGCUGGCGCUCGCCGAUUAUGCGGUUCUCAUUGCCAAGCUGCGCGCCGACUUCGACGCAAAUGCCUCGCCGGUGUUUGUCUUUGGUGGCUCGUAUGGCGGCAAACUCGCUGCGUGGAUGCGCCUCAAGUACCCCGCCUCGGUCGCUGGUGCAAUUUCGUCCAGCGCGCCACUGCUCGCCUUUCGUGGCGAGGAGCCCGAAUGGGACUCUGGCCUCCUACCAUCGCAGCCCGAUCGCACCCGAAGCAGCACCGCCUCGCACUACUCCGAGCGAUGCUCCGCCAACUUGCGCGCCUCCUUCCCGCUCAUCACCGCCGCGGCUGCUACUGCUGGUGGCCGCCGCUCCCUUGCCGAUUUCUUCCACCUCUGCCACGUUCCUGCCGACGCCGACGCUGCUUCGAUGCUAAAGUAUUGGGUGCGCGACGCCUUUGACCGGCUUGCGAUGGGAAACUACCCGUGGCCAUCGGACUACAUCGCGGGCACACCCGCCAAGCCGAUGCCCGCGUGGCCGCUCGGCGCCGCCUGCCAGCAGCUCGACUUUGACGCGCCACUCGACGUGUACAACUUUGUGGACUCGCCGCUCGCCGAGUCUAACGUUGAUGCCGUCGCCGACGACGCCUCUGACACCGACGACGAUUUUGAACAUGCUGCCGCGCUGCUGACGGCAGUGCGACGUGCUGCUUCCGCGAUGCCCGACUCGUACUGGUUCUCGACGGACGGCGUCCGCGAUAUGUUCUGGCAUCAGCCCUACAAUCAGUCCCUCGUCGAUGAGCACUGCGCCGCCGCGUGGGGGCUCAAGGCGCCGCCGCGCGGAAAGUGGAUCUCGGAAGAGUAUGGCGGGCGUGCCCUCAUCCGUGGCGCUUCCAACAUCGUCUUCACCUCGGGUGGCUUCGACGGCUGGGCCUCAGCCGGCAUCGCGACCAACGUGACCAACGCAGAGAUCCACUCCCUUCUGGUCCCCGACGGCGCUCCGCCCCCCCCCGCCUAG